CUAAUGAUUAAUCUAAAAAAAUACUGCUAAAUUUUAUUGUUUGCUUUGUUAAUAAUCUUACCUGGCUGUAGACUAAAACUACUAAAAGUAGUUCAAAUGUGACAUCAUAUGUCAAAUCUGUCAAAAGUAUCAAAUCCUUUGAAAAUAUUUUGCUAGAAUUUGUUACUCUUUAUUAUUGUUAAUUUUUAUUAAUUGCAAAAGUUUUUUGGCAGUUUGAGUAUUAUGACGUCAAAUAAAGAUCUUAUAGUGAAAGAAACAAUAUAUGCAGGAACCGAAUCAGUCUCUUUUAAAGAUGGCACAAAGGUAGGUGGAAAUAUACAGAUUUUCCUGAAAUUUUCCGGACUUCGUCCAUUUCAGGUUCAUUUUCACUUUCAAACGAGGCUGUGUAACAAUGAUAACACCUUGUUGGACGAUUCGAGAAAACUUGGGACAGGAAAACCUAUGGAGUUAGUGUUAGGGAAAAAAUUUAAAUUGGAAGUAUGGGAAGUCAUAGUACAGAAAAUGGCAUUGAAAGAGGUGGCUAAAUUUACAGUAGACAAAAGUUUGUGUAUUCAAUACCCGUUUGUAUCGAAAACGCUUAGGGACUUAGAAAAACCUAAGGAAAAAAGGAAUAGUCACGUAUGUGCAAUGACAUUACAAAGCACUGGUAUCGGAUAUGAAGACUUAAAUCAAUUUCUUAAAAAGCCCAGUGAUCUGCAAUUUAUUAUAGAACUUGUAAAAGUUGAACAACCUGAAGCCUACGAAAAGGAUACAUGGCAAAUGGAGAUGACUGAAAAAAUAGAAUUAAUUCCUAAACUAAAAGAACAAGGAAAUGAAGAAUACAAAGCGAAAAAUUACAAAAAAGCUUGUGAUAAUUAUGCUAAAGCUCUAGGAAUUUUAGAACAACUUAUGCUUAGAGAAAAACCUCAUGACACAGAAUGGAACGAGAUGGAAAAGCAAAAAAUCCCCAUUCUUUUAAAUUACGCUCAAUGCAAGUUGAAUGAAGGCGAUUAUUAUGGAGUGAUUGAGCACUGUACCAAUAUUUUAAAGUCUGAUAAAGAUAACGUAAAAGCGUAUUUUAGAAGAGCUAAAGGACACGUUGGUGCGUGGAAUCCUGAGGAAGCAAAAAAUGAUUUCCUCAAAGUAAUGGAACUCGAUGAAUCUUUGACUCCUCUUGUAAAAAAAGAGCUUUUAAAUCUUGAACGACUAGUUAAAGAGCACAAUUCUGAAGAUAAAGAUAGAUACGGCAAGUUAUUUGGAUAAAAUGGAAAUAUCUUAUAUAGGGUGUCCUGCAUAAGAACCGACACAGAGCGGGGGAUUAAAAUACAUCAAUUGAUCUCUCCUAACUAUCAACUAAUGCUCUUAGUACACUAAUAAUGUACACCAAAUUUGGUUGUUUUAAGUUAGUGUGUUACUGAGAUUUUUAAUUUGUAAAUAUCACUUUGAAUGCCUAUAACUUGUCAGGAAUGUAACGUUGUAUGUUAUGUUGAGUUAAAUAAUAUAUUUUGGGCUCCCCUACACACCCCUGUUCUUUAUCGGUUCUUACCGGGACACCCUGUAUAUGUCAUUUCAUUAAAGAAUUAGUACAAAGCGGUUUAUCUGCUACUUUAUUAUGUACUUAAGCUUAUCUUCCCCUAUUUUUCGAAUUUCUACUUUAAUAUGUAGGAGAUUGUGAUUGUUAUAGUUAUCCUAAUCAUUAAUGUCCCAACUAAAUUGUCAACCCAUCUAGAUAACUGUCUAGUAUAUGAGCAAUUUAUCAUUUCUAUUCAUAACAUCAAUAUCUUAUAAAGAUAUUCUUUAUUUCUUAUGCAAAUAUCGAUCUUUUGCAUGUACUAUUUGUCGAGUUCAAAAAAUAUUUACAAGUUGUUGUUAUUUUAAAUAAAUAUAUGUAUUUAUUUAUUCUAUUGUUUUAUCUUUUUUUACGGAAAUAAUUUGUUAUUCUAGACAUUUUCUAGAAAAUUCG